AUGACGAUCAAGCUCAAGAUCGAAGCAAAAGAUAUUUUGAGCGUGCUCAACCGUGAGCGACAGCAAGAGCGAGAGCGUGAGUGUGAGCGUGAGCAUGUGGAUAUAGAAUGCCGUCUCCCUCGCGCACAUGCCAAAACACUUUCGGGAGGAAUGAAGAGGAAGUUAUCUGUUGGCAUUGCCCUUUGUGCUGGAAGCAAUGUAGUCUUUUUGGACGAGCCAACCUCAGGCAUGGAUCCAGGGGCUCGGAGGAUCAUCUGGGACCUCUUGCAGCAGGAGAGAUCUGGCCGUACAAUUCUUCUGACUACACAUUUCAUGGAAGAGGCAGACCUCCUAGGCGAUAGAAUUGCCAUUAUGGCUAAUGGCAUUGUGCAGUGCUGUGGGUCAUCCCUGUUCUUGAAGAAAAAAUAUGGUGCUGGUUAUCGUCUGAUCAUUGUUAAAGAGAAAGGCUGUGACAUUGAUGCUAUCACCACUGUCCUUCAGAAUCACAUACCAGAUGCAGAACUUGACCAGAAUGUUGGGGCUGAGCUGUCCUAUGUUCUCCCCAAUGCAGAUGUAGCCAAAUUUGAAGCGUUGUUCUUGCAGCUGGAAAACAGUCGAGAAGAAUUACACAUAUCCAGUUAUGGAGCCUCCCAGACCACAAUGGAUGAAGUAUUCUUAAGAGUUGGGGAAUCUGUCAAUGUAGAAGGUAUAGAUGACAUGCCAAAACCUGCAUUUAUAAAAGCCAAGAAACACAAAGCAAGUUCUUUAGCACUUGACCAAGAAAAUGGACUUCUGCUUCAGCAUAGUGACAAUUCUGUGGAGCAAAUUGACCUAGAACCAGGGCAGAGUUAUGAAGGGAAGACUGUAGGAGUUUGGUUUGAUGCAGCCCUGCAGCACAUCAGACUUGCUGUUGACCAUGCGAAAGAAGCUACUACUGUUAAAAUCCAGCCAUCCAAAGAUACCCAAGAACCUAUGCAAAGGAAUACAGGAUUUGCCCUUAUUAUGCAGCAAUUCUGGGCUAUGCUGGUCAAGAAAGCUCUUUACACCUUCAGAAAUAUUAUCCUUACUGUAACACAGAAUGUGAUACCUGUGGCUUUUCUGAUCUUGGCCUUGAUUGUGGUUCAGACACUCCCAGGUGUGAAUGAUGCACCUCCUCCAUUUAUUUUUGGACUGGAGAAUUUUGAUGGAACAGAAACACUGGUCCAGGUUCAGAAUCCUAAUAAUGAUACCAAGAGUCUUGAAGACUCACUCAAGGAGCAUUUUGAAAGUCCCAAUUUUAUGGAAAUGGUAGAUGAAGCACAGAACUUUUCCACAGUCAUUUUGCAAAAGGCCGAGAGUGAUAUUCCGUCCUUCAACCUCCACUUAAUGGUUAGCAUGAAAAUAAUUGGAGAUGAGUAUGGAGCCCACAUAGUGACAUUCUUCAACAGCCAACCUUUCCAUUCACCACCACUUGCCUUGAAUGUGAUGGACUUGGCUAUUUCAAGGGCUGUAACAGGAAAGAGCAACCUGACAAUUAGAACAUGUAAUCAUCCAUUACCUCGGACAGACGUAGAAAAGUUGACCCAAGAUUCAAGGCAGAGUUUAGGUUUCCAGAUUGGCUUCAACCUUGCUUUCGGAAUGUCAUUCUUAGCAGCAUCUUUCGUGUAUUUCCUCAUCCAAGAACGAACCACCAAGGCAAAACACCUACAGUUUGUAUCAGGUGUGAACUUUGUAACGUAUUGGGCUGCCUCUGCUAUAUGGGACUACAUUGUCUUCUUAUUUCCUUGCUGUCUCGCUCUUAUUUGCUUGCUUAUUUUCAACCGAGAGGGUUUAAGUGAGCCAGAGCAGCUGGGCAGAGUAAUGAUUAUCUUUGUCUUCUAUGUGUGGGUUUCUUUACCACUGAUGUAUCUCUGCUCCUUCACAUUUGCUGAAGCAUCAACAGGCUUCACAAGAAUGAUCAUCUACAAUGUCAUAACAGGAAUGGCAACCCUAAUCACAGUGACCAUCUUGCGCAUUCCUGACCUUGAGCUUGGGCAUGUGGCUGACCUGUUGGACUGGAUAUUCCUCCUCUUCCCCUCCUAUGCAAUGGCAUCAGGGAUUACAGAUCUUUACAAUAACUGGAGGAUUAUUGGAAUCUGUAGAAAAGAAAUAUUUGACUUCCUUUGUGAAAUUAAGUCAUUUGCAAAUCCUUGCUGUAAAAAGACAAACAACUGUGGUUCCUUUGGUUGUGUUGACUGGAAUGAUGAUCCUCUGGGAUGGGAGAAACUUGGCAUUGGACGCAUGCUUGUUUUCAUGGGCUUGGAGGGCCUAGUCUUCUAUUUUAUUAUUGCUCUGAUUGAACUUAAAGUUUUCCAGAAGAUUAGGUACUCAGCCAAUCGUUUGUGGGGCAAAGUAGCAGUCAGACCCACUGAAGAUGUUGAAAAGGAGUCUGAUCCACUAAUGCAAGAAGAUAAAGAUGUGGUGAAUGAACGGUUGCGCAUCAGAAACACUCCUCUUUCUCAGUUACAUGAUACUGAUAAACUUAUUUUUAGUGACCUUAGCAAGACUUACUCAGGGAACUUUAUGGCUGUGGAUCAUCUUAAUUUAGGAGUACCUUUAGGGGAAUGCUUUGGCCUCCUUGGAAUCAAUGGAGCAGGCAAAACCACAACUUUCAAAAUGUUGACUGGUGAUUUGCAAGUAUCAUCUGGUAAUGCAUUUGUCAAUGGAUAUAGCAUCAAAUCAGAUUUGAAGAAGGUACAACAGCAAGUAGGAUACUGCCCUCAGUUUGAUGCCAUUCUGGAUCAGAUGACAGGAAGAGAAGUUCUCCGCAUGUUUGCACGUCUCAGAGGAGUGCCAGAGAGGCAGAUUGACAGAAUUAUAGUGACCUUAGCAGAACAAUUGCUUGUAUCUCCUCAUUUGGAUAAUUUGGUUGGAAACUAUAGUGGAGGGAACAAGAGGAAGUUGAGUACUGGUGUAGCACUGGUAGGUGACCCUCCCUUGGUACUGCUUGAUGAGCCAACCUCAGGGAUGGACCCUGUAGCAAGACGUGUUCUCUGGGAUGUGCUCACUUCUGUUCGAGAUGCUGGUAGGAGUAUUAUUCUUACAUCACACAGUAUGGAGGAGUGUGAAGCAUUGUGUACAAGGUUAGCUAUUAUGGUAAAUGGCAAGUUUUGCUGUUUAGGUUCUCCACAACACCUCAAGAGCAAGUUUAGUGAAGGAUACUCAAUAAUCAUCAGAGUACACAUAUCACAGUCUCCAGACGAAAAUGAGACCACCUUUGCUGAGAUGCCGCCAGAAAUGCUUACUGUAAAGCAGUUUAUUGAAACUACAUUCCCAGUAAAUCAACUUCGGGAAAUGCAAUGGGGACGACUUGAGUAUUUUGUUCCUGCUGCUGGCCUUACAUGGGCUUCUGUAUUUGGAACAUUAGAGAAAAACCGAAAAGAAUUAUCUAUAGAAGAUUAUUCUGUCACUCAAACAACACUCGAACGGGUAUUUUUAACAUUUUCAAGAGGACAGAGACCAGAUUCUGACACUAGUGGUUGACUUUUGAAGAUUCAUUCAAAUAUAACAUAGUAAAAUAAGAAUUAAUCAUUGUGCCAUGAAGCUUAAUAAUUCUAGAAGCCAAAGUAGACCAGAUUUUAGGUUGUGAAAAUCAGGAUUUAUAGGUGCAAGUAAUGGAGCACACUAUUUGUAAUCAUCAUAGAGUUAACUUAAGAUAUUUCAUUAUUUCCUCAUUCCCAUAGUCCAUUGGCACAGGGUAUGUGCACUGACCAAUGUUUUGCCAAUUUUGUAUAUACAUGUAUGGCUUUGCAAGUUCUUUUUCACCAAGGAGGCAAUAACUAGGCCUACUUUACCUGACCUGUUUACCUUAUUCCUUGAACUUUUCGGAAAUAGGUUUUUAUGUCUAGAGAUACUUUUAUUGUUAUAGAUGUUACUAUUGUUACACUUGAUGUUAUUAUUACAAUAUUAUUAACAAUACUGAUAAUGGCAGAAAUAUAAAGAUUUCUCCUCAAAAAUUCAAGAAUAGGGUAUACUGGUGAGAUCAGGUAGGCCUAAAAAUAGAUUCCUUAAUAUGUGUACUUGCAGAACUAUUUACAUGUAAAAGAAAUGAGUAAACUAAAACCACAAUGAUCAGGGCACAUAUACAUACCCACCCAGCAUUAUCUAUGAUUGAUAAAUACAAGUUGGAUGAGGAAUUUUACAUAAAUGAAUGUUAUUAACAGUUUGGUGAUUCAUCUAUAUUAUAUUUAUAUUUUCCAUGGAAACUGAAGAGAAACUAAUGUAAUACAAACUGAUAGAUGUUAUUGUCCAAGGUUAUGUAAAAUUUAUACACAAAAGUAUAUUUUGUAGAAAUUUUAAGAAAUAUAUAUAUGGUAGACUUAGCACAUUUUAUAUAGCAUGUGAUUAUAUAUAUCUCAGAAGUACAUAUGUAAGGCUGUGUAGACUUUUAGUUAUAUGACUGUUUGCUCUUUAUUUGAUCUUUUUCACAUUUUGUCUUUUUUAGUCUGUGCGUGAAGUAUUAGAUACUUAAUAUUUUGAUGAGUUAGGUUGAUCUUUCUAUAUAAACAGAUAUAGAUGAUAUAUAUUUUUCAUUGUAAAAAUAUAUGCUAAUGUGCACUCACAUACAUGAAAUAGAUUGGUAAAAGAAAUAAAGAGGAUUGCCAAAGUAACAGAACCUAGUACUUAAUAAUGUACCAAUUUGUAUUAGAAAUGAGACCUCUUUCCAAUUAUGAUGUAUAAUGAUGUAUGACAUUGUAUGUGUAUGGCUGGCUGGCUGGCUGGUUGGUGUGUGUGUGCGUACGUGCGUGUGCAUACAUGAGUGCGUGCAUUGUGUAUGAGAGAGAGAGAGAGAGAGA